GCGUCACACACAGACUUGCUGCUGAGCAGGAAACCAACUAAACGCUUUCAUUUUGCGCUUUCUUUCUCUGUCGAGCUCGCGAAUCUAACCACUUUACAGACACUUUUCAAUAUGGUUAAAGUCUCUUUUAACAAGGCUCUCGCCAUAAAGGAUACAAAGAAGGAAUGUCUUAUUGCUGGUGUACAGGAUACUGAGGCAGCGGUGUUGGUGCGUCCGCAGUCUAAGGUGUGGUGCUUGUGCUUCUCUCUGGGAUUGGCUCUCGUUCUCUCUGGCUUAGUGGUGGGAGGAGCCUAUCUAUAUAGAUACCAUGUUCUUGAGAUGCAGGAGAUUGUGGAUGGCAGAGCAGAUAAUAGGAAGGAUACACACACAUCUAUGCCUUUGGAGGAGCAGGUGUUCGUCUGUGGGUUGAACUACAUUGAGGAAGACUAUGAGUUUGAUGAGGAGGUUGAGGUCGAGACACCAAUGAGGCUGAUUGAAGAGAAUGUGAGCUUUUACGAAGACGAUGAGGUGGAGCUCAUCAAAGUCCCAGUCCCUGAGUUCGCAGACGGUGAUCCAGCUGGCAUCCUGCAUGACUUCACCAUGAAACUGACUGCUUACCUGGACAUGAAUCUGGACAGAUGCUACAUCAUCACCCUGAACACAUCUAUUGUCAUGCCGCCCAGAGAUUUCCAGGAGUUCCUGAUCAACAUCAAGGCAGGAAUGUAUCUUCCUCAGACAUACCUUGUGCGAGAGGAGAUGAUGAUUACAGAAAGGAUGGACAGCACCAGUGAUCUGGGCUAUUACAUCAAUAACCUGUGCAAAGACAAAGACACGUACAGACUGCAGCGUAGAGAAACCAUACUGGGUAUGCAGAAACGUGAGGCUCUGAACUGCCACAAGAUCCGCCAUUUUGAAAACAAGUUUGUGGUGGAGACUUUGAUCUGCGAGCCAUGAAGAACAUGAAUCUCUGACACAGCAGCAGAUCUUCAGCUCUUCCUUUCAAUCAUUGAUAAGAGUUUAUUUUGUGCCUGCUCGGUUUUUUUUUUCCAAAGGCCUUUUUUUCACAUAUAUAUUUUUUAAAAUCUAGAAUGUGAAAUUGUUUUUCUGCACAAAGAGGUGUAUUAUUUUUGAGUGUACGUGUAAUCUCUAAUGCUAUUUUUUGAAUAUUAGGCCUAAUAAAGGGACGUAUUGUGCACAAAAACUAAAAAGGGUUAACAAUAAUGAUUUUAGGCUAUAUAGAAGCCCAAUCAGAGUUUAGUCAUUAAGUAAUUUAAUAAUAAAGUUUAUUCCAUAAGCUUUGCUGAAAAAGUAUGAUUUUUCUUGUCUUUAUAUGAAAGUGUUUCUGUUUUAUUUAACAUUUGAUCCUGAAUCCAAAAGUUUCAGCAAAUGAGUGUAUAAUCUGGAUCAUAAUGUUGCAGCAUCACAAUUUGAAUUGUUCUUGAGCGUUUAAUUUGCAGAUAUAUUUUGAAAAACCAUACAGAGCUCUUCCUUUAAAAGACUAACAAUUUUCCUAUCUGAAAUGACUUUUUGUUCUAUGCUAAUCUGUAUAUAAGCUAAACAAUGUCUUUAGACACAAGCUCCAUAUAAGGAAAAAAUAAAUAAAUAACCGGAAAAAGUAGACAAAA